CUUCUUUGUUUUGAAAAACCCUAACAGCAGCCAUCUCCCCUUCACCCGUACGCCGCCGCUCACCCGUUCUAGCCGCCGUUCGCCUUAAAGGUUGCUCAUUUAUGCGAAUUGAUAAUUUGUAAGUCUGGAAAUGGCUGUUAGACCAACAACGCUCUGCAAAUCUCUCUUCAAUCUUUAUCCCUGUCUUUCCCAGUCUGUCUUGAUUCACUCAAUCUCUUCCUUGAACUCUGUGGAAGAAACAGUAAAAUCUGCCGUCGAUGCCAAAACCUAUGAACUACUGCCUGACAUCCUCGCUGCCGAAGGAAAAAUGAGACGGAUUCCGAAUCCUUUCUCAUUUCUUUCCACCUUAUCUUUGAGGCUUAGAACCGAGAUUAUUGAUGAAAUAUUACAAUCUUCUAAAUCUGUUCGACCUCGGUCCCGCCCCCGUGUUGUUUAUGAUCUCCUUCUUUCCUAUACCCUUCAGAGUUCCCACCCCCUCCCUCUUUCUUUUGCCAUCCUCCAAUGCACUCUUCGUUCUGGAUGUCUCCCUGAUCCCCAGAUAAAACUCCUCCUUUCUUCUGCAUGGCUCGAUUGCCGUGGCCGAUUGCAGUCUGUUUCCGAUAGCCUUAUGAAGAUGCAAGACAUUGGGUUUUGCCCCGACACCGUGACAUGCAAUUACCUUAUAUCUUCUCUUUGUGCUGUUGAUCAGUUGGAGGAGGCAGCUCAAAUAUUGAAGGGAAUGAAUGGAGCAGGCUGCCUUCCUGAUCUGGAGAGUUUUUCCGGUUUAAUUACUGCAAUGUGCACAGUUAGAAGGACUAGUGAUGCAGUGGAAUUAAUGAAGCAAAUGGUGCAGAAAGCUAGAUUGACUCCAAGGCAGGCAACGGUGAUGAAGGUCAUGGGGACAUUGCGGGCAAAUAGAGAGAUAUGGAAAGCUGUCGAGUUGAUUGAAUUCUUGGAGAGAAAGGGCAUCUCUGUUGGCUUUGAGAGCUAUGAGUUCGUUGUUGAAGGAUGCUUGGCAUGUUGCGAAUAUGUUUUGGCCGGAAAGGUAGUUGCUGCAAUGACCGAGAGGGGCUUUAUACCCUACAUUAGGGUCAGGCAAAAGGUUGUAGAGGGCUUAGUUAAUGUCAAUGAGUUUAAACUUGCCUAUUCAGUUAGGGAACGAUUUGCAGAAUUGGGUUCUUAGUUCCCUUUAGCUUCCAUGAAGCGGUCGUCAUAAGUCAUCCGAAUGAAGAAAAUCGGUUGUUGUUCGAAAAAUGAGGAUAACAUAAGCUUCUUUCUGCUUACUUUUCAUCACUUGAAGUUUUUCAGCUCUUGUCAACUCUGAAUCUUGCAGUUUUUGGCGAAACAUAGCCUUGUUGUUUUCUUCAUUUAACGAAACGAUAAUACAGAAACAGACAGGUCUUAAGUGGAUGCAGAGAACAUAACACCACGGUACCAAAGGUGAGGCGGGAGAAUCCAACUCCAAGCUUCUCGGUUAUAUCAUUUUCUUUACCCUUUCUAUCAGUAAAACAUCGCUCAAGGACGGCAAUGCCAACUUUAAAUUCAAGUAAGU